GACCGACAUAGAGCAGGCGAGAUAGUGCGGACUAGCCGCACUUGUAGGAUGAAUAGAAUAGGGGACGACGAGGAGCCAGGGCCCCACCCGCGGGUGGCAAGCCCGCGUUCCUCUAGGCCAGAACAGACGCACAGGGCUGAGAUAGAACUCGCGAGCAGGACCACCCAGGGCGCACGACAGCGACACCCCACCCCACCGGCCCCCACGCCUGAAGACUUAUGCACUGCGAUGAUUCAAGAAAAGCUCGAACAACUCCGCCGCGACCGCGACGCACGAGCAACCGAACUCGCAAAACGGCGGGACCAAGACGGCCCAACCACCAGUGACAACUCAUCUUCUGACGACUGCCGAACGAAGACUCAAAUUCCGACUGAACAACACCAUGCCAUGGACCAUCAUGAAGAAUCCAGCGACUCUGACGUACCAUUCCAGGAAGUCAGACGCCGCCGGAAAGGCACUAAACGCAGGAAAGCUGAAGAAAACACCCGCAUGCAAACAGAAUCGCGAGCUGUACCCACCACCAACUACUACGCACCACUACAGAAACAGGACGAACCAACGGCAGACCAACACCAGCUCCAGCCCAACGACACAACUUCUCAGCACACUCCAGCUCCACCGCCGCCGAAACCGAGAAUACCACCAGCAGCACUCGACAACACACCACAAGCCGACCGCCACGACGCCGUCGGCAGCAUGAGCGCCAGCUAUGAGCGCAUGAUGAUGGCAAUGGAGCAGCGAAUGUUCGCGAUGAUGGAAAAAUUCAUUUCCCUCGUCGUGAACGUCAUCAGCGAACUUCCUGCCAAGAUUGCGGCCGCUAUGCAGCAGGACCGACAUAGAGCAGGCGAGAUAGUGCGGACUAGCCGCACUUGUAGGAUGAAUAGAAUAGGGGACGACGAGGAGCCAGGGCCCCACCCGCGGGUGGCAAGCCCGCGUUCCUCUAGGCCAGAACAGACGCACAGGGCUGAGAUAGAACUCGCGAGCAGGACCACCCAGGGCGCACGACAGCGACACCCCACCCCACCGGCCCCCACGCCUGAAGACUUAUGCACUGCGAUGAUUCAAGAAAAGCUCGAACAACUCCGCCGCGACCGCGACGCACGAGCAACCGAACUCGCAAAACGGCGGGACCAAGACGGCCCAACCACCAGUGACAACUCAUCUUCUGACGACUGCCGAACGAAGACUCAAAUUCCGACUGAACAACACCAUGCCAUGGACCAUCAUGAAGAAUCCAGCGACUCUGACGUACCAUUCCAGGAAGUCAGACGCCGCCGGAAAGGCACUAAACGCAGGAAAGCUGAAGAAAACACCCGCAUGCAAACAGAAUCGCGAGCUGUACCCACCACCAACUACUACGCACCACUACAGAAACAGGACGAACCAACGGCAGACCAACACCAGCUCCAGCCCAACGACACAACUUCUCAGCACACUCCAGCUCCACCGCCGCCGAAACCGAGAAUACCACCAGCAGCACUCGACAACACACCACAAGCCGACCGCCACGACGCCGUCGGCAGCAUGAGCGCCAGCUAUGAGCGCAUGAUGAUGGCAAUGGAGCAGCGAAUGUUCGCGAUGAUGGAAAAAUUCAUUUCCCUCGUCGUGAACGUCAUCAGCGAACUUCCUGCCAAGAUUGCGGCCGCUAUGCAGCAGGCAACAAAUAUCAACAACCCCACGACCCAGCAUGGCAGCGCCACGAGAAAUUAA